CGCCACCACGUACUGUACGCGAAACCGCCGUUGAACGUUGCUGACAAGCAGCAAGUUGGAUGGUGCACUAUGCAGUCGCGGGGUGUGUUGAUCACUCGGACUUUACGAUAUGUGAACGUUUGCUAGACAUCAUGUCCACGGCUCUUCCCGACAUCACGGUGGAAAAAGAGCCCGUCAGCCACGAGCGAUGGCAGAAUCGCGUGCUGGAGUUGGCUCAGUUGCACGGCUUUUCCCCAAUCGGCAAACGAGACUUAAAGAUUGCCCAAGUGUUGGUAUGGCGGGUCGGGCGAUUGGUCGCCCACCGAGCAGAAGAGUUUGAGUUGUACGUGGUAGAAACGUAUGGCCUGGCGCUAGAUUUGGACAAAGUCCAAGUCGAAGCGUACACACAGGCCAAUGCUCGCGCAUUGGCUGGAGACGGAACCGACAAAGAUUCAAAGCAAUCGAUUACAGAAAAAACGAUUAUCGAUUAACCCUCGGUAUGAAUGCGUCUAUUGCAAUCGUGGAAACGCGGCCAACGCGGUGCUGGCAUGUUCGUCGGCCUCACCAUUUCGAAUGGCUUUCAAAUACGCUCGGAUUGCCUAUGCCGAAUAAUCCGUAUCGACACAAUCCUAAACGACACGAUGCGAAAACGGACCU